AUGGGUUCAGCAUCGGAUUUGGCCUCCCGGAUGUACUUUGAUCUUGGGCUGCAAUUCCAAGAUGAGGUCCGCCGGCUAUACAAAUCUCCGGUGCACCAUCCUCACCACUCCCCCGAUGGCUCAUUCUUCCUUCUUGUCACCUUUCGGCGUCACUUGUUUCGUUUAACGGAAGAUUCAGUUUCUCUGGCUUUACAAUCUUGUUUGGGAGGCCGUGCUUUGGAUUUCCAUGUGACUUUUCUGAGCAAUAAUCAUUAUCGGUUCUCGGUCUUUUCCAAACAAGUCGGAUUGCAUGUGUAUAGACUUUGUAGAGUGAUCACCUCUACCUAUGAUCUAUACUUUCACCUAUGGAACAAUGGCACGCCUCAUUGGGAGCGUGAGAAACGUGCCUGGGAAGAAGAGCAGGAGAAAGAAUGGACAAAAGUACUCUCUAAGAGAUCCAAGAGGGAAGCUAUAAAGGCCUCCAAACCUCAAAAAAGAGUUAGUUUUGCUAAGAAUUUGGUUGAUCAUUCUCCUCCUAAGCACUCUCCACAAUCGUCAAUUUGUUUUGGUGCUUUCUCUGCUCCUAUCAAAGAAUCCACAAAUCUUCUAUUUGGGAAUACCAAAAUUCAAAUUGGCGGAGCCCAUAAUCGUGUUCUUCGGCCUGAUUGCAUGCAGCGUCCUCCCUGCAUGCAGCAGCCUGGAGAGGAUUACACGCAACGUCCUCCUUGCAUGCAGCGGCCUGGAGAGAUUUCCGCGGCUGUUUCGGAAGAUUCCCUCAAUCAGCGCGGGACUAUGGCCCUCUUGUCAAAUUCCAAAUCUGCUGUCUCUGGGCCUUUCUGCUCCCGUUGCUCAAGUUUGGGCCAUAUUAGCUCCAAUUGUCCCUCUCGUAUCCGAUGCUGGAAAUGCUCUAAUUGGGGACAUACUAGAAAGCAUUGCCGGUCACGUACCCGACCCAAUUGGGUCUGGCAACGAAAGUUUGACUGCACCAAAUUUUUUGUUACGAAUACUGCUCCCCACCUGGUUUGGAAACCGAAAAUCCCAAAAGGCAAGGAAAUUGAGCUGAACCUCGAUUCUCGCGCGGAUCCCCCGAACCCUUUGCCUAACCAACCAGUUCAGCAUGCCCAGCAGGGCCCGGUGCAGCAACACCCAGGUCUGCAGCAGAAUCAGCAGCUAGAUGUGGACAACAUGGAAGUAGAUGAAGCUGAUGAUGAGUGGCCAGCAUGGAACCCUGCCGUGUUUGCUGCUGACAAUGGUCAGGUGCUCCAUCAGCAUCCUCAGUUUCCUCAGGAUCACCUUGAUCUCGAGCUGUCAGGAUCCUCUAUGGCCAAUGACAUGCCUGAUGAAGUAUUCCACAGGGCCUCAUCUUCUCAGGCCAAUGACAACAUGGGACCCAUUGUGAUUGACAGAGCUGUUCUGCAACCAUCCCUCAACCUGUCCUCGCCAACGCCCGCUAUCACAGGCAUGGAGAUUGUCACCUGGAAGCCGGUCCUUCCUGCUCUAGCUCUCCAGCUAUGGCCAUCUGUUGUGGCGAGUCGUCGGGCAGCAUGUGCUCAGCCAAGGUCCUCUGUUAUCAUCCUGCCUGAUCCUCGUGUCAAGCAGGGCCCAGCUACUUCUGGCUCGUCAGGUUUUGAAUUUCAAAGUGAGCAAAUGCAGCCCAGUCCAUGUGGUGAAGCAGGCAUGAGAGUAUACCAACGUCGGAGGAUUGCCAUGCUCUCCCUGCCUGUGGCCUCAAGUAACACAAUCUCGCCAGUGGUGGAAGGCUCUGUUAGUCGCAGCACAAGGACGAACAAUAACAUGUCUCUACCCGAUGUCUCUAGUAAUCCUGCUACUCCACUGGUGGACAGUACUGUGAGACGCAGCACAAGACUUAGUGACAAGGAUGGCUUCCAUGAGGUCAGGUUGGCUGGAAAUCCAUGCAAGAAGACAAAGACAUGUCCAGUACUGCUUGUCGAGCCUGCGGGUCAAACUGGACCAAUACCAUUUGAUAUUCUGCAGGGCUGGGGUAUCAAUUGUGGAGUAGCUCCUGGAGAGUUAUCCCAAGAAGCGCUGAUGCAGGCGCCCUCUUCCAAUCCGGUGGCCAAUGAUGAAUCCUCUGAUUAA